AUGGCGACCCGCAGCCCCGUGUCGCAAGAAGAACCGGAGGAAAGGCAGAUCGGCAUCGACCCGUUCUCGCUGCGGCAGCUCUCCCGCCUCGACAUCGACAAGCCACUGCCCAUCCCCUCCGUCUCCGUUGACGACCGCCACCGGCCUGCAUACUCUCCCGCGCGGUCUGCCAGCGCCAGCAUGCCGUGCUCCGGCGCGGCAACCCCGCGCUUGUCGUCAGCGGCGACCGAGCCCACCAGGUGGGACGCGCACCUGGCAACCUCCUCGGUGGCGGACACCACAUGCCCCUCUAGGGCUGUUUCCAGAAGCAAGUCCUGCGCCGACGGGGAGAUGGAGCUGGCCGACAACGAGUUCGACGUCAUCCUCUCAUCCCCGGAGCGGAGGGCGAGCGCGCCGCAGCGAUGGGGAAGCGACGUGCCGCUCAUCGGGGACGCGCGCGGCAAGGACGGCCGGCGCAGGGGAAAGCACGGCACUGAAGGGGCGCCGUUCAGCUGCUGCCUCUACCUCCCAGGGCUCACCAGGAGGAACAAGCUGCCGCCGUCGGACACGGCAACCGCUGUGCGCUCGUCAUCGGGUUUGCCGUCGGCGACGUUCCGCGGCCCAGCCGGCGUCCAGCCUGAGUCAGAGUCGGACGAUCCAAGCGUGGCGCGGCAGAGCACCAUGUCGCUGGCAGUGUCGCUCGAGCGGUUCGAGUGCCGAUUCUCCAUGAGAUCCUCGGGGGGCUUGGCCCUCGACGACGAGGCCGCCUCGUCAUCGUAUUUCGACCUACCGCUGGAGCUCAUUCUAGGCUGCGAAGACGACGAUGAGACCGGCCUGCCCAUGCACGCCGCCUUCAUGUUCGACAGCGACGGCAUACGGAAGAGCGUGCUGAAGAAGGGUGUGCGGCGUGACGUGGCACGACCGUCGUCUGCGAAGGUGGCGACGGACGGGUCCGGCACUGACAGAAUCCCAGCCCGCCACCACGUGAGGUUCUCAGUGACGUCGGGGUCCGCAGAUUCAUAG